AUGCUCAGUAACCCACUGCGAACCGCUCUUCGUGCUCUUCGUCGGGCUUCUCGUCUUCGUCGUGUUCAUUCUGCCCCGGCAUUAUCAACAUCGAAUACUCCUCAGGACUUCGAGGCCACUUUGCAUCCACAAGGAACCCAAAAUCAUGGUUCUUGCCUGGCCAAUCGUCUUGCAACAAAUGCGCAAGUGGAUAUCCUGGCGUCCAGCAGUGCAAUCGAACAAACCGAUGUCGGCCAUUCGAACACUACCUAUAGCACUGCCUGUGACCACAAUGAGCCCUCCGUCUCACUUAAUGAAGAUCGAUUAGAUCUGGUAGAGGCCGAAACAGAGCUCGAAGACGACUCCGAAGAUGAGGUCGAUCUCCCGCUUAUUCCCCCGUAUGCCGUGGUCCCCACUUCACCAUCAACUAGAAUUAUUUGCCCUGACUCCGGAAGACCCGCACGACGACUCGCCCUGUAUGACAUUGGCCAAAUCCUCGGAGAGGCGAUGGCACGAACACACCCUGACUGGAUGGCCAGGAUGGCGAGAGUGUACGAGAACGCCGGGGUUCCUUCGAGGUCGACGACGACAGUCACCGUCUCAGAGUGGGAGUUCGACAAUUGUGCGGUCCAGAUACCGGUCGUCAUGCAGGGAGGAAACCCGUUUGGACAGGCUGUGCCAUGGGAGGAUGACGAAGGGGCGGAGGAAGAGGGAGCGCUUGAGGCUGGUCAAGGCGAUGAAUGGGAAGGGGAGGUCACAUACGACGUGGAGCCUCAGACGGUCUUAGAGGCGAUUCCAAGAGCGUUUCUGGAGGGAUAG